UUGUUCACUGUUAACUGGCUGCAAGCCAGAGUACUACCGAGUAUUGUACAAUUACUUUGGAAUAAAUUGGGAAAUUUUGUUUCGUUUUUAUUAGUAAAUGGAAGAAUCGAAGUUCUGGAAGAUAGAAUGGCUUCACAACUAUUCAUAUAUGUUUCUCAUGUAGUACCAUUCUUCAUUUUAUGGAUAGCUCUAUUAUUCCCAUUAUCUAAAUAUGAACUGCCUUGGUUUUGGCUGCAACAUGUCUUACAAUUCCUUCCGGUCUAUGCUGUCUUACUAUUAGGGGUGUAUGCUGCUGGAUCUGUGAUUCAUGGAGUUGCCACGUUUAACGACUGUGUAGCAGCUCGCAAUGAGCUCGUUGUCGAAAUCAAGGAGGCUCGUGAUGAACUUAUCAAAAAGAAAAUCAUAUCUUAA